AUGCGCAGCCUUUUCUCCAUCAAGGUGGCGGGCCUUGCCCUUCUGUCACUUGCCAACGCCCAGGAUGUAUCUGAGAACCUGGCCGGUGCCAUUGCCGACUACAACUCUCUCUCCCUUUUCCGUUCCCUUAUCAUCGCGGCUCCUCAGGUGCUGGCUGAAACUCUUUCCAGCCAGGGCAGUAAUGUCACUGUUUUGAUCCCUACGGAUAACGCUAUCAAGAGUUAUCUUAAAGACUCUAGCAUUUCAGACGUCACUGAAUUGAACCAGACCAUGCUCCAAGUGUUCUUCUCGUAUCAUACUAUGGCGGCUUCUCUGUCAUCUGUCGAUUUCGAUGAUUCCCGUGGACUUUCGGUUCCCACUUUGCUAAAGAGCGAGGAAUUCAACAACAGAACUGCAGGACCUCAGAUCCAGAGCCAGUUCGGCAGCAAUGCUGAUGGCCAGGUCGUGUUCGCUUCGAGGGAACGAAAAGGGAAGAGGGCUGAUGGUGAUAUCAGCGGGGCUAUUGUCAAUCUCCGAGCAGGUGAGGAGCAAAACAUCAAGAUGACUGCUGUUGAUGGAUCUUGGGGUGAGAAGAAUGCCAGCAGGUUUCAGAUCGUGGAUAAAGUCCUUCUCCCCCCUCUAUCUUGCUCCAAGACAGUUCAGGCUGCCGAUGACAAGAGACUCACAGCCUUGAACGGCGCUCUUAUCAAGGCAGGUCUGUGGCCAGCUCUCGACGCCUCGAAGAACGUUACAUGUCUUGCACCCUCUACCCAGGCGUUCAAGGACGCGGGGAGCCCUGAUGUCGAGUUGUCGAAGGAGGAUCUGGGUGGAGCACUGCUGGCCCAUACCCUCAACGAAGUUACCUACUCCAAUUACCUCCGCGACGGCCAAGUAAUUGGAACUCUGAACAAGACCGAGGUCCGAGUUAGAAUAAUAGAUGGCGAUAUCUUCUUCAACAACGCCAAGGUCAUCGAGGCGAAUGUCCUUACCAACAACGGUCUCAUCCAUAUCCUCGAUUCCGUCAUUCAAGCUGGUGGAAAGCCCAGUGAGACCAGCACUGGAACUUCAACCGCUGAAACUGCGAGCGCUACGUCAAGCGGGUCACAGCCGACCUCGAGCUCUGCGACUGUUUCCCCAGACAAUGGAAACUCUGGUAGUCGCCCGUCAAUUGACUUUGGGAUGUUGAGUCUCUUGGUUGCGGCUUAUGCAAUCAUGUGA